GACGCGACCACCGGCCACCGCGACGCGAACGGCCGGCGCAGCUCCGAGGCACGCGGCACUCUCCGGGCAAACCGUCGGCGGCGGCGACGCCCGAGGACUUUCUCCUUACCGUCCACGAGGAACACCCUAGAAAGCAAUCAUGAAGAACGAACAACACCUGUACGACGUUAUCACAAUAUUACUCGAUAUCCCCCGAUCAUCUCGCUACGAUAGGUCUUACAGUGUUACAUCGCGACAUUAAUGUGUCACGACAAUUUCCCGAGCUCAUUCCUCUUCCGAAAACCUUUCUUUCGUAUAAAUGCUGGUAUUUUUUACAGCGUUAGCAUUCCCCGUCUGCGACCAGUCCUCGCGCUUGGGUGAACCGGCUUAAGUAAACCUGUUGGCGCCGUGUGCGGGCUCAUAUAUCGGUACUUCCGCGUCUGCUCGUGGAUGAGUCGGAGCAACGACCUGUGUCUGCGGCGGAACCUGAGGACACCCACAGCCGUGCCGGGAGUGACUGCUGGAAAGUGGCGUCUGCAGAAAAACGCACUGCUCUUCCAGCGAAACAAACUUUUCGGUUCCCAGUAGAGCGUGGGUGACUGAAUGUGUAGGCUAUACAACUCCUGAAACUAUAAAUAGUUAUGUAUAUGCCAAAACGUGAUCGUUCAGGACACUUCAGAAUAAUAUAUCUUGCUUUGCAGUGAGUGACAUUGCUCGAUUUUUAUUUCGUUUUAUCUGAUGUAGUUUAGUAACUGCAGAAACAGAAGAAAACCAAAAUAGAUAUGUAAUUUAGUUACCUGCAUGACGGCACGGUCAAUACUAUCUAAGGACUACAUUAAUCGUUCAGAACCAUUCAGGACGUUUUAAAAUAAUAUCCCUUUCUUUGCAGUGAGUGACAUUGCCUGAUUUCUGUCUGAUGUAGUUUAGUAACAGCAGAAACAGGAGAAAACUAACAUAGAUACGUACAUUUGUGUGUGAACAGCACAGUCUAAACCAUCUAACGACUACAUCAAUCCACUAUUGCAAAGUGAUUUCCUUUACUUUUGUUGAGAAAAACCACCAUAGAAAAGUAUUAUUUUUGUUACCGCUCAAUUACGAGAGGGCGUCUUACGUUCAGAGACAGACGGAGACUGAUAGCAAUUAUAUGGAGGAUCGCCAAAGAAUGCGUGUUAUAACUCAGUACAAAUCGGAGGAUAUGUCUGAGGGCUUCUGUCUACUGUUUUUGGAGUCUUCGUGGUAACGUGUUUUUUGUCACCCUUUAGUGACCUUUCUCUUCAUAAAAGACUUUGUGGCUGUCCAGACUGGUGUGUGAUAUCAUCGUCGGCCGUUGCAGGUACUAAAUAAAGCAACUGUGCGAAAGAUUUUACUUCUGACAUUCAUUACUUGUCUGCAGUUUAUCACGAUGGGAGAUAUACACAACAGAUAGCAACAUCAGACGCCGUGAUCACCUACAAAACUGCAGCGUUUGUACGUUCUCCCGUGACCUUGGAUAGGAGAUGAGAGGAAUCUGAUGUAAACAAACGCCUUCGCAACGACUAGAGAGAGGAAAAAAUAAACGACUUUGGCGCGGCAGCACAACUGGAUGUGUUUAGUAAGGAACUGAAGGGUGUCAGGAAUCUUCAGUGGCCGUCGGACGAAAGUACCGUGAACCGAAACACUGAUUAUAAGCGAAACCAGAGCGUAGUUAAAGGAAUUCACGAAGCGUAAGUGAGGUUCGGGAAGGGGCCGAGCGUGUGGCGAUGGCGUUGUGCGACGGCGGCUGCGACCUGGCCAACGCGACGGCGGCGGCGGCGGCGGCGGCGGCGGGCGGCAACUGGACGUGCGAGCCGGCGCCCACGCUGACGCGCUCGUCGACGGUGCGCGCGGCCGUGCUGCUGGCGCUGGCGCUGCUCUCGUUGCUAGGCAACGCGGCCACCAUCGCCAGCAUCCGGCGGCGGCCGGCGCGGCAGCCCUCGGCGGUGUACGCGCUCAUCCUGCACCUGUCGGCCGCCGACCUGCUGGUGACCGUCUUCUGCAUCGCGGGCGAGGCCGCCUGGAGCUACGCCGUGCAGUGGCUGGCCGGCAACGCCGCCUGCAAGCUCUUCAAGUUCGCGCAGGUGUUCAGCCUCUACCUGUCCACCUUCAUCCUCGUGCUCAUCGGCAUCGACCGCUUCGUCGCCGUGCGCUACCCCAUGCGCGCGCUCGGCACCGCCAAACGCCUCAGCCGCCUCAUCGCCUUCGUCUGGGUGCUCAGCAUGCUGCUCAGCAUCCCACAGAUGGUGAUCUUCCACGUGGAGAGGGGCCCGUUCUGCGAGCUGUUCUUGCAGUGCGUGACGUACGGCUUCUACACGGAGCCGUGGCAGGAGCAGCUGUACGCCGCCUUCAGCCUCAUGUGCAUGUUCGUGCUGCCGCUGGCCAUCCUCAUCGGCACAUACGUUUCCACCGUCAUCACCAUUGCGAGGAGCGAGCGGGCGUUCCGGGCAGAGGUGGCCGUCGGGCUGAAGAGCGAGGUGCUGGACGCCAACCGGCGGCGACUGAUCCACCGCGCCAAGACCAAGUCCAUGCGCAUCUCCGUCGUGAUCGUGGUCGCCUUCAUCGUCUGGUGGACGCCCUACUACUGCAUGAUGAUCAUCUUCCUCUUCCUGAACCCUGACAAGCACCUGAGUGAGGACCUGCAGUCGGCCAUCUUCUUCUUCGGGAUGUCCAACAGCCUGGUCAACCCAAUCAUCUACGGCGCUUUCCACCUAUGGAGACCAAAACGCAGGGGUCGACUCAGCGAUAGAGGGAGGGACGGCUCGACGUUCACGCAGCGCAGCCUGAUGGGCAGCAUGCGGCGCGUGCGGCCGCCCACGGCUGAGGAGACGACGCUGGUGGCGCUGGAGGAGGGCCCGGCCGCCGCCGCCGCCGCCGCCCCCGCAGCAGGUGCCGCCCCCGCCGCCAGCGCCAGCCGCCUCUCGGUGCGCGUCCUGCGCCGAGCGUCUCGCGCCGGCAGCUUCAAGACGGCGCUCUAACGCCGUCCCCUCGCCCGCUGCUCUGUCAGGCUGCUGCGUGAUGGCGUAGGCGGUAGCGGCGCUGUCGCCGCGCCGACCAUUUCUCGCCGUCCCUGCCUACAGCAACAUCCCUGCCUGGGAUACCAGUGCGUCUGAUAUCUCUCAGUAUACGCCGGCAGCGUCCAGACGGUGUUCUAACAGUGGGACCAUAGCCGCCAUGGUGCCGGGUCACUUGCGGUGCACAUCGGCCGUCGGCAGUGGCUAAAGACUCGACCGCAGUUGCCGGGCCCCAGUUUACGGCAGAACCGACGAUACUGCUACCGCUGUACCCCUCUUCCAGAGCUUACACGUUGCUGCCUUGUUAGAGCUGUGACUUCCCGUUGACUGGCACUCUAAGGAACUUACUCAUCCAUCGCACGUCACGAGAACAGUCACGCUCCUGAGCGAAAUAUGGACUACUUGCGUCUUUGUCACUGAGACGCGAUUUUCUUUAACAACUGUUGCGUGGUAACGCUGAUCUCAAAAUAAAUAAGGAUGUGCUUGAUGUCACCCACGGUGAGUCCCUCUUGCCGAUUCAGAAAUUCCAAGUGUUCACCCGAUAACAUUAUUGUCUCCUUUCCUCAGACGACAUCUCACUCAUAUACAUACCGAUGUUACGACUAAGCAAACUCUUUGAUAUACUUAUGUCUUAAAUCACAAGAGCAAUUCACAGAUGUCGAAAUACGAGAUUUCCCAUCACAUCCUUGACAUACGCUUGGAAACAGGGUAACUACAGCACUGCCUAGGUGUUCACCUUGUUAUAGAAUUGAUAACAGAAUAAGUCACUGUAUAUUUAUGCAGUGACACGUAGUUGCGGACCUAAGGAAUGUUGAUAAUUUUCUGAGAUUAUCCUUUUCAUCUCUUUGUUAUGUAUUCAUUUUAAUACAUGACCUUGAAACUCCUUUCUACGCGUGCAGUAACCAAUUGGGACUUUCGUGUUAAUACCAAAGGUAGUUUCACUUUUAUUCGUUGCAAAUGCUAGAGUUGAGCCAAUGAGAUUUUCUGGAGUUCCUGUGACAGCCUCGAACACCAGAAACUUCAUAUCUCACCAUGAGAAGCAGUUGAUAGGAGUUAAGGUAUAUUGUCAACCAUGAGACCCUAAGUGUCAGUCACAGGAUGAAGCAAAAUGCCUUACAGUAGUCUUAACACAUUAUCUUCAAGAUAUGCAGACGGGUGUUAUCUUGUAACCUAGUAUUUAUCACAGAAAUUGCUUUUUGAGCACUUACACAUCGUCUUGUCAGUACCACCCUGUCUUUCUCAGUCCUAAGAUACGUUUACAAUAGUCUUCGCAAAUAAAUACUUAGCCAAUCCGAAGAAUGUGUAAGAUAAACAAACUGGGAACACAUACAUGCUCUGCAUGUGCAAUGCAGAUGUUCCUUCUCUACAUUUUCUUGCGGUCAGUUGGAACGUUGAGAACUUAAAGAAAUAUAUUACUUUUACGUACUCCUACUGCAACCUUCGAUGACAAAACAAGAGGAAUAAUUCGUGUAAAUUAUUCAGUAAAUGUGUUUCUCACAUGUGUCGGUUACGUUGAGUACUACAGUCCCAUACCUAUAAUGUCAAUCGUAUAAUCAGGUUAACGGGCUGCUUCUACUAUUUCGGUAAGUAGAAGGCACGUAUCUAGACAGCAAAAUAUUUCUAUCACAAGAUACAACGCGUACUAGGAUAAACACGUCACGCGAUCGUAGUCCCAAAGGAAAGUCUCUAGUUUCCUUCUUUACAUACGGAUCUCUCGUAGGCUACCGUCAAACGGUCCUAAGGAAAUUAAUUUCAUUUUCUCUUUCUACUCUACGCCGCUCUCCGGUGCAGACUAGCCUAGCAGACGCCUGCAAGCUUCCGGUGCUUGUAUCACUCACGUUCAUUCUAGCAAUUUUCAUCACCAACUUGUUUAACAACGUUCUUAUCUCGUACAAUAACGAAGUACUGUUCCAGGCAGCACACGUGACUGCAGCGGUUCUGCCCGACAUUUCACGUCAUUGGAAACCACAGUACAUUAUUGAAUUUAGUACAAAGCUAUUUCUUUGGCCAAAAUUCUCAGUUUUCAAGUUAGGACGACUGACUUACGCUGCCAUUUAAUCGACUUACAAAAUGAACGUCUCUGUAGAAACGGAUAGCUAAAACCACGUCUCUUCCAAGUAUUUGUUAUUUCAUAGGUUUUCAGUUGGUGAAAAGUUCUGGACCUCUCGGAACGAACUCUCUGAACGUAGCUGAAAUUAUUUCCACCCAUUUUUGUUUUUGAAUGUUAUUUGAAUUACAAAAAUCUUCUGUUUUAUGGUAUUAGUAACACUGACCUAUUUCUUGAUAAUGCAGAUUCUAAAGUAAAGAUUUUCCUUAGAACUAUGAUAUUAUUGCUGUUGUCAGCUCAUAAGAUGACUGUAAUUCCUGCUCCGAAUCGGAGACAACUCAGAAUAAUGAAACAAGGCUAAGUUUCAUCAUGAAAUUAGGCGGCGAAUUGUUGUUCAAGUGAACAACACAUCCGUGAAGCAAAUUAAGUACGAUGUUGGUGGCAUGACAAUUGUCUUCUUUACGGAAGUGUUUGUAUAAACUGUGUUGUCCUGUAAGAUAUCAGAGCUUAUUUUAAAAAUCUUUUACCAAAUCAGUUUGUGAAACCAAUAACAGACAAAUAUUCUCAUUACCCACUUAACCCAUAUGAUAUUUUUUAACAAGAAGUAUUUAAUCAACGAGGAACUCUGAAUGCUUUGUAAUCAGGUGUUACAUUGCAGUAUGCAUACUCGAAGACCCUUCAAUAGAGCCUAUCUGCACCACACUUUGUUAAAUGAUUUUCAGGUCUUUUUUAUGACGAAAAUCAUAGUCUUACACAUUCAAGCACGUAGCUUUAUGCAUAUUGUUUACUGGCACAUCAGUUUCAUGACACUUGGUAUGGAAUGUUCACUCACACUGUAAAACUUAAGAAGUCAAAUAAAGUAUCAUAUUUUGUAUUUA